GCUCUCCUGCAGCCACCUGGGAGGGACGACCCAAAGGAGGAGGGGUGUCAUGGGGCCCACUUUGCGUGCCCGGAGGAGAACAGAACAGGGUGUCCUUGGAAAGAACCAGGCCACCCGCUUGGCCUCCUUCUCCCGCUUCCUCCUCCUCUGGUCCCGUCCCGUCCGGGCACACAACGGCUCCUGUGGCUUUAUCACGGCGGCGUCCAGGAAGGCCAGCUCUUGGGAAGAGGGUGGCCCUUGUGUUGGUUGCGUUGCAGGAACACAAGAGAGAAGAAUCCCAACACAAACCAUCACAACCAGUUCCUUUGCAGAAGGCGAAGAGGAGGACUGGGAGAGGAGGCAGACUGUGAUGGGGAGGCAACUCAGCCAUGGGAGAGCGUCCGCCCGAGCAGACACCCCGAGGCCGGCCAGCCCAGCAAUGGAGGUUCCAAUACCCUUUGCAACGCAGUCCAAGAAAGUCAGCAGAUCCUCUCCAGAAGCAGCUGCUCUCCAAUCCAACUUUUCCAGCGGGAACCUCUGGGAUCGACUCAGCCAGCCGCCAAGCUCCCACUGGAUGGAAGAAUACCACGAGGCCCCACCCCUGCUGACCUCGGGCGGUGUAGCCCGAAGAGGAGCUGCCAAGACGGAGGCUGGCCCUCUCCUCCCCUGGCAGGUGAUUUCAACCCUGGAGAAACUUCCCUCGCCUAAGGAGCUGUGCCACAGAAGGAGAAAGGGAGCCAAACGGAAAAGGCCAGAAGAUUUCCGAGCUUUGUCCGUUUUUUAUCACCUGGAGGAGCUGAAGAGAAGGCAGAACAAUAUUGAUGAGCAAAAGAAGAUGACGUGGGGGCCCCGUGUCUCCCAACAGGGCCGUGAUGGUGCAGAAGGUGGUCCUCCUGGCCCUCCCACCCAAGCAGCCUGCCCCGAAGAAGUCCCGCUGGGGCCCUUCAGCAUCCCAGCAGCUCCUGAGCUCUACCAGAGGCAGCCGGUCCUCCACAGAUACCAGGAGGCAGAGCUUUUCUGUCCGGAGUGGACCCCCUCCGUGAAACAACAGCCAGCCUUCUGCAGAGAAAGCCCCGUUCUCUCCUAUACCGUGGCUACUCAGGAGAGGCACCCCAUGCCAGCAGCAAGGUGCCUAUCGGAGGGGGACUUUUGGAGAUUCAACCUGCAGCCAGAAGAGUGAACUCGGGCCCCUCUGCAAGGGAAGGAAGCCUGGUCUGAAAAGGGCUGACCAUCUGCAGAAUGGGGACAAGGGGGGGGGAGAUUGGUUACCCUUGGUCUGUGCACAGGUAAUGGGAGGGGGGGACAGACAGGAAUGUUGUAACAUGUAUGUAUGCAUCUCUCCCUCUCAGGCCUGCUUGCAUCCUCCCUGUUGCCAUUCCCCUUAGUUCCCUCCCUGUUCCCCCCCCCAUGACUUUAUCUUUGCACGGAUGCUGUGGUCUUUCUAUUUAUUUGGCACUCACACACAUGCAUACACAUGGCAACGCCUUCCUCCCUCUUCGGCUGGCAGUAAGCCUUCCACUGUAGAGUGGGGGGAAAAGGUGGAGCGGGGGAAGAAGCCAACACCACGGGGAAACUUCAGGAGUGUUUCCAUAGUAAUAUAGUACCGGGAGCAGAAGAGAGGCAGCCGCUUGGAUCUAGCCUGGCAUCCCCACCACCAGCCACCACUUCCCUCUGUCGCGUAGGUGUGUGGUGUGCCGUUAUCAAACAUUUAUUGGGAAGGAAAGAAAGCCCCACGGGCAGCAGAUUCUACAGCUCUGAAAUAUUUUUAUAGAUCUGGGAUGCUUUGCAAAAAAGUCUUUUACUACAUUGAGCCCCUGCGAUGCAAGAUCUAUGUGUCUUAUACAGUAUAUGCACUGAGAGCAAGCAAGUGGAAUCUUUUGUACGUGCGUACAUGUAAUUUUAAAGAAACUGUGCUUAUCACAGUUUCUCUCUUUUCUAAAGGGCGAGGGAAAAGUGAAUCUGUCUCUCUUCCCCCCCCCCAUCAUCUGCCUGAGAAAAACAAUUUCAGGAAGAAUUCCUGCAUGAUCCUCCCGAUUCAGCACAUCUGUCCUCGUCCGCAAACCUCAUUUUAUCUCCCCUUCUCAUCCCACAGGAGCGGACUAUAAAAUGUUUCUGAGACCAGUGCCUCUUGUGAAUUAAUUGGCAUGCCGGUUUGAUAGCUGGGGGAGGAGCAGAAAUGCCAGACUAAUUUAGUAUGUUAACAUGUUUUUAAUUGUGAGGGAGGGGGUGAGGAAUCUGUUAAGAGGGUCUUCUGAGGGAUUUAAAGAUGUUGUUCUUAACGUGUUUCAAAUGCAUAGCUGUGUUUUGUUUGAUGUUUCCCUGAAAUGCACCCUGGGGAAAUCUUGUGGAUGGAACUAUUGUUAUCUGUGGGGGGGGGGGAAGCCCCAUCACCACCAGUGCAAAAAGGGUAUGGAGGUCCUCAGCCUUCAUCUGGAGCAGCAAAAGCCUUUCUCCUCCAUCGCUUUCCGCCACAGAAGGGGAGAAAUGACCUUCCUUGCCUUGUGAAUUGAUGUUAAAGGAAAGGUUAUUCAAUGGAGUUCAAAGGCAGGGAGUUCAAAAAAGGAGUUUGUUCUUGAAAAUUGUUUCUGGAAUAUAUUGUGA